GCACAGCGAGAGAAAGUUCUCGGCGCCGAGCCUAGAGGAUCGGAGAGACUCCUGCGGAGGGGCGGUUUCGGAGGGUGGAGGAGUGGGGUGCCAGGCGGUGCCCGUUGUACGGGGACUGGAGAGAAGACUUCCUCUGCUGGCCGAGAGCACCCGAGCCGCGGGACUUAGUGGAGUCACGGCAGUGCCCUUUGUGGAAGACUGGGACUUGGUGCAAACCCUGGGAGACGGUGCCUAUGGAGAAGUUCAACUUGCUGUGAAUAGAAGAACUGAAGAAGCAGUUGCAGUGAAGAUUGUGGACGUGAAGCGUGCCAUAGACUGUCCAGAAAAUAUUAAGAAAGAGAUUUGUAUCAAUAAAAUGUUAAAUCAUGAGAAUGUAGUGAAAUUCUAUGGUCACAGGAGAGAAGGCAAUAUCCAGUAUCUAUUUCUGGAGUACUGUAGUGGGGGAGAACUUUUGGAUAGAAUAGAGCCAGACAUAGGCAUGCCUGAACAAGAUGCUCAGAGGUUCUUCCAUCAACUCAUGGCAGGUGUGGUUUAUCUGCAUGGUAUUGCAAUAAGUCACAGGGAUAUUCAGCCAGAAAAUCUCCUAUUGGAUGAAAGGGAUAACCUCAAAAUUUCUGACUUUGGCUUGGCAACAGUGUUUCGGCAUGAUAAUCGUGAGCGUUUAUUGAACAAGAUGUGUGGUACUUUACCGUAUGUUGCUCCAGAACUUCUAGAGAGAAAAGAAUUUCAUGCAGAACCAGUUGAUGUUUGGUCCUGUGGAAUAGUACUUACUGCAGUGUUGGCUGGAGAAUUGCCGUGGGACCAGUCUAGUGAUAAUUGUCAGGAAUAUUGUGAUUGGAAAGAAAAAAAAAACAUAUCUCAACCCUUGGAAAAAAUCGAUUCUGCUCCUCUAGGGGCAAAGAGGCCCCGAGUCACUUCAGGUGGUGUAUCAGAGUCUCCUGGCGGAUUCUCUAAGCCUAUUCAAUCGAAUUUGGACUUCUGUCCAGUAAACAGUGCUUUUAGUGAAGAAAAUGUGAAGUACUCCAGUUCUCAGCCAGAACCACGGACAGGUCUUUCCUUAUGGGACACCAGCCCUUCAUACAUUGAUAAACUGGUACAAGGGAUCAGUUGUUCCCAGCCCACAUGUCCUGAUCAUAUGCUUCUGAAUAGGCAGUUGCUCGCCACCCCAGGAUCCUCACAGAACCCCUGGCAGCUCUUGGUCAAAAGAAUGACACGAUUUUUUACCAAAUUGGAUGCUGACAAAUCUUAUCAAUGCCUGAAAGAGACUUGUGAGAAGUUGGGCUAUCAGUGGAAGAAAAGUUGUAUGAAUCAGGUUACUGUAUCAACAACUGAUAGAAGAAACAAUGAACUCAUUUUCAAAGUGAAUUUGGUAGAAAUGGAUGAGAAGAUCUUGGUCGACUUCCGGCUUUCUAAGGGUGAUGGAUUGGAAUUCAAGAGACACUUCCUGAAGAUGAAAGGGAAGCUGAGUGAUGUUGUGAGCAGCCAGAAGGUUUGGCUUCCUGCUACAUGAUCGAUCCACUGGCUCUGGGAUUCCUGGUGAAGAUAGUGCUGCUAUGUGGACAUUAUUCUUCCUAGAGAAGAUUAUCCUAUUCUGCAAACUGCAAACAGUAGUCUCUGAAGAGUUGUCUUCCCUCUAGCCAAACAAUUUCCAACUCUUUUUGUAUGUUCUUCAUACAAAUAAUACCUAUAUCUUAAUUGUAAGUGAAACUUUGGGGAAGGGAUAGAUAGAAUUCACUAGAUAUUUCUUCAUCUGCAUUUAGUGUCUGAAUUUGAGACCCACCUGGUGGAAACCGAGCUCUGGGGAUACGUGAGCUUACCA